CUCACCGAGGCAACGGGUCGGCCGGGCGGUUCCGGGUGCGCGCGAGGCCGGCGGCGGCGGCGGCGGCGGGAUGAUUCCUCUCCAGAGUUUAUUUUUGAAUGGAAGCAUGCUCUUUUCCAAUAGAAGAUGGUGAUCCUGAUGUACGAUCAUGGAGAAGGGUAUAAGUUCGAUAGAAGUGUUACCUUCCAAAUCAUCUCAGGUUACAGCUGUAAAAGUGGUGGUCAAAGAGCCCGAAACAAAGCAAACCCAAAGAGGGAAACGAGUGGGAUUUGUGCUUGUUCAUGCAGGUGCAGGUUAUCAUUCUGAAUCCAAAGCUAAAGAGUAUAAGCAUGUAUGCAAAAGAGCCUGCCAGAAGGCAAUUGAAAAGCUACAGGCUGGCGCUCUUGCAACAGAUGCAGUGACUGCAGCACUUAUAGAAUUAGAGGAUUCUCCUUUUACAAAUGCAGGAAUGGGGUCUAACCUAAACCUUCUGGGUGAGAUAGAAUGUGAUGCCAGUAUAAUGGAUGGAAAGUCAUUAAAUUUUGGAGCUGUUGGAGCACUGAGUGGGAUCAAGAAUCCGGUUUCAGUUGCAAAUAGGUUGUUGUGUGAAGGGCAGAAGGGAAAGCUCUCUGCUGGCAGAAUUCCACCUUGCUUUUUAGUUGGUGAAGGAGCUUACAGAUGGGCAGUUGAUCACGGGAUACCAGCAUGUCCUCCAGGUAUCAUGGCUACAAGGUUUAGUUUAGCAGCUUUUAAGAGGAACAAGAGGAAGCUGGAGUUGGCUGAAAAGGUGGAAACGGAUCUCAUUCAACUUAAGAAAAGAAGACAAUCAAAUGAAAAGGGCUCCAGAGUCAUGUGCAGCACUUGUGGGAGACCCUCAAAGGCCAAUGGUGGUGGUAAAGGAGGUGAUCAAAUAGAGCUCUACUCACCGGAGAACGACUCAGGAACAUUGGAUACAGUUGGUGCAGUUGUUGUUGACCAAGAAGGAAAUGUCGCUGCUGCUGUCUCCAGUGGAGGUUUAGCACUAAAGCAUCCUGGAAGAGUCGGUCAGGCAGCUCUUUAUGGUUGUGGCUGCUGGGCUGAAAAUACAGGAGCUCAUACACCUUACUCCACUGCUGUGAGUACUUCAGGUUGUGGAGAGCACCUUGUCCGAACCAUACUGGCCAGAGAAUGUUCGUGUGCUUUGCAAACGGAAGAUGCCCACCAAGCUCUCCUAGAGACUAUGCAAAACAAGUUUAUUGGUUCACCUUUUCUAGCCAAUGAAGAUGGUGUACUCGGAGGUGUGAUAGUUCUUCGGUCUUGCAGGUGUUCAGCAGAGACUGAAUCAUCACAGGAAAAGCCAACUUUACUCGUGGAAUUUCUGUGGAGCCAUACAACAGAGAGCAUGUGUGUAGGAUAUAUGUCUGCACAGGAUGGCAAAGCUAAGACUCACAUUUCAAGACUUCCUCCUGGAGCUGUGGCAGGGCAGUCCGUGGCAAUAGAAGGAGGGGUUUGCCGACUAGAGAGUCCAGAAAGCUAAACAGCUGAUUCCUCACUUCAUUGCAAAGAAUGUGAAUGACUUUUUGUACAAUAAGUUUUUUUGUGUUUUAACAGAUGUUGGAAAUUCUACUCUUGUUUUAUACCCCGUAUUGCAACCAUGUGCACCAUAACUUGAGACAAGUGCUGCUGUAGUUUAUGUUCUCACUCUGUGAAUGGGGGUGUGUGCAUGUUCAUUUUUUCCGUAAUAAAAUAGGAGCUCUUCCCAGUUGUACAAAGAUUAUGUAUGAUUAAUGAUUGUGUUUUCAUUGUUUUAUGUUUGAGAAAUAUCCGAAAGUUCAAAAAAAAAAUUAAUUUAAAGAUGUGGUCACAAUUGUCAUUCAUGUUCUAAAUUUAAAAGUAACAGGCCUUUGAAGUGGCUGUAUAAUUAUGCAAAAAUGAUUAUGGUUUCUAAGUUUCUCAGUGGUUUAAGGAAAUCCAGUGAUGGUUUAAACAUGGGUUGUUUUUUUCCUCCCCAAUAAGGAGGAUUUUUUUUGUCAAAGAAUGGUUUCAGUGAAACAAACUAAGGGAGAAUUAAGGCUAAAAUUGUUUAAAAUAAUCUUAUAGGUCAUAUCUCUGUUCCCAAACUAAGAUGUUAAUAGCUUCAAGCUGUAUGUAUUACAAAAAGCUAUAUAAAGAUAAUGUAUCGUAACGCAGUCUUUAUGUAUAAUGGAAUAUUACAAUGUAAAUAAGAAAACAAAGUUUAUGGAAAGAUUCAAUAUUAUUCUUCGCUUCUGUUUUAAAUCUAUUUUUGAGAGAGGUACAGAAAUGAACAUAUUACUGGAUGCGAAGUGCAAUGUGUAUUGAAUGGAUGCUGGGAGGUCUGAUACUAGCUUUCUUAUAGAUAAAGCAACUUCCUAAAGUCCAGCCACAGCAUGGGUAUUUAUAUAACUGUGUGUAAUAUGUAUGUACUGUGCAUAAAUUUACUGUAAUUCUUUUUUAUACCUUCAACAAAACUGCAGUAUAAAACAAUGUAAUCUUUGUCUGCCUCAUGAAGCAUUGGCAGCUGAACUGUCUUUUGUCACCAGUUCUGAUAUGUUAGCCAGACGCCUGAGUUCUAGAAGUGAGUUCUGACAUACAAUCUUCCUUUCAGUACUUUUUUCUUCACAGCACUGGCAGCAAUAGAAGACUUUUGUAAUUAAUUCAUUGUCCUGAUAAGUAUGCCAAAGAGAAACUAAAUUAGUUCAUCUUUUUCCCUGGUGGAUAUUUGAUAAUUCUGUUUUCAGAAAUAGUGGAUGAAUAGAUAUUCAGACUGUAUUUGCUUAAUCGGGCAUUGUACUUGCCUCUUUUGUAAUGUUGUGCCUGCCUAUAACAGACAUACUUGACUGAUAAAAUGGUUAUAUUGAUUGUAGUACCAAUCUUUCAUGGAUAAAAAUCUUAAUAAAUUUUUUUUAAUACCCAGA